AUGGGUCUCUUUGGUCGUAAGAAGGAGACUGAGUCUCCUUCGGAUAUCGUCUCGCCCACCGCCGAUGUCACCUCAACGGAGAAGAAUGCUCCUCUCUCCCAAAACACUCCUCCGCCUCCCACGUAUGAGUCCAACAACAUCUUUGGCGAAAAGUCGCCUGGUGUUGCGAGAAUCGAGGCCCUGUCUGCCGCCAUCACCACUACCGACCGGUACUUCAUCUUCUUCGGCGUCUUCCUAGUCGCCUACGCCUACGGUCUCGAUGGAACCCUUCGCUACGCUUACCAACCCACCGCCACGAGCAGCUACGCCACGCACUCUCUUCUGGCCACCGUUAACGUCCUCCGCUCUGUCAUCGCCGCGGCUGCCCAACCCACAUCCGCCAAGAUUGCUGAUGUCUUUGGUCGUGUCGAGCUCAUCUGCGUCUCCGUUGUCUUCUACGUCGUUGGUACCAUCGUCGAGGCAUGCGCCACCGAGGUUAAGGCCUUCGCCGCUGGUGCCGUUGUCUACCAGGUUGGCUACACCAUGAUCAUGCUGCUUGUCGAGGUCAUCAUCGCCGAUAUUACCUCGACCCGCGCCCGUCUGUUGUUCAGUUACAUUCCUGCGCUUCCUUUCAUCAUCAACACCUGGGUCAGCGGUAACAUCUCCGCCCUGGUUCUCGGCGAAAGCACCUGGCAGUGGGGCAUCGGCAUGUGGUGUAUCAUCUACCCUGUCUGUGCCCUCCCCCUUAUCAUCAGCCUGUCUAUUGUCGGCCGCCGCGCUAGGAAGCAGGGACUGCUCGACUCUUACUCGUCUCCUUUCCGCAUGCUCGGCCCCAAGAAGUUCCUCAUUGAGCUGUUCUGGCAGCUCGAUGUCAUCGGUAUCAUCCUGGUUAUCGCCAUCUUCGCCCUGAUUUUGGUUCCUCUUACCAUUGCCGGUGGCUUCUCAACAACGUGGCGCGAGGCUCACGUCAUCGCCCCCCUCGUUAUCGGUAUCCUUUGCAUCCCAGUCUUUGCUGUGUGGGAGAUGAAGGCCAAGCACCCUCUCGUUCCCUUCAUGUUGAUGCGCGACCGUGGCAUCCUGGCCCCUCUUGGCAUUGCCUUGGGUCUCAACUGGGCUUGGUACAUGCAGGGAGACUACCUCUACACUGUCUGUAUUGUUGCUUUCGACUUCAGCAUUGCGUCCGCUACCCGGAUCACGUCGCUGUAUUCCUUCUGCAGUGUCAUCACCGGCUUCAUCCUGGGCUUCAUCGUCUUCAAGGUCCGCCGCCUCAAAUACUUCAUCAUCGCUGGCACCAUGCUCUUCAUGGUCGCUUUCGGUCUGUUGAUCCAUUACCGUGGUUCCCCUACCUCCGCCGGACAAAGCGGUGUCAUCGGUGCCCAGGUCCUUCUCGGUAUCGCAGGUGGCAUGUUCCCCUAUCCUGCGCAAGCCUCGCUCCAGACUACUCUGAAGCACGAGCACCUUGCAAUCAUGACCGGUCUUUACCUCGCCACUUAUAACAUUGGAUCUGCCUUCGGUAACACAGUAUCUGGCGCUAUUUGGACUCAGGUUCUGCCCUCCGUCCUUCAAGAGAACCUUGCACCCUUUGGCAAUGACUCUCUGGCUACCGUAACCUACGCGCAGCCUUUUGUUGCCAUCGCCGAGUACCCCGUUGGAACUCCCGAGCGCGCGGCCAUCAUCGACUCGUACCAGCACGUCCAGCGUCUUCUUACCAUUACCGGUAUCUGCUUGACGGUACCUCUUAUCGCGUUCGCCUUCCUCCUGAGGAACCCCAAGUUGAACGACCAGCAGACGCUUGCCGUUGACGACGUCCAGAUCCGUCCUGUGGAGGACAAUGACAACCUGCAGAACAAGAUCUAA